AUGCCACAGCUUUCUCCUUUAAAUUGGAUUAUGCUUUUUAUUUUAUUUUGACUUAUUGUAGGUAUUACAAAUAUUUUAAUUUGAUGAAAUACUAAAAGAACUUUUUAUGUUAGUCAUAACACUAAAAAAAAUAUUGAAAAUAAAUGACUUUGAAAGUAA